AUGGGUGGUGCGACGUCGCGGAUAGUGGAUGACCUGCUGGAUGACACGAAUUUCGACAGGGAUGAGAUCGAGCGGCUGCGGAAGCGGUUCAUGAAGCUGGACAGGGACUCGUCCGGGUCCAUCGACAAGAACGAGUUCAUGAGCAUCCCUGGUGUCUCAUCGAACCCGCUCGCUGCAAGGAUCAUGGAGGUGUUCGACACGGAUAACUCGGGGGACGUAGAUUUUCAAGAGUUUAUUACAGGGUUGUCCAUCUUUAGUGGGCGCAGCGGGAAGGACGAGAAACUGAACUUUGCGUUCAAGAUUUACGAUAUCGACAAGGACGGGUACAUCUCCAACGGGGAACUGUACAUCGUGCUCAAGAUCAUGGUCGGGAACAACCUCGAGGACGAACAGUUGCAACAGAUCGUCGACAGGACAAUUGUCGAGAACGACAAGGACGGGGACGGGAAACUCAGCUUCGAAGAGUUCAAGAGCGCAAUCGAGACUACAGAGGUUGCCAAGAGCCUCACUCUACAGUACGAUAUAUAG